UCCCAUACUUCGCGUUGGGCUGUACUGUGGAAAUAGAGCACUUUUACGAAAAUCCGUCAAAAUAUCGGGUCGAUCGCGGGAGUGUGCGAAUUGAGUGAAGUGCGGAUGGGAAAAUUGUCCUGGAAAUCCGUUUCCAUGUGGCUAGGAUGAAGGAUAUCUUCGAUUGUUUUCGAAUAACGCAAAGAAGCGCGUCCACGAAAAUGUGAUUAAAUGGAGGAAAUCAGACACCGCGACAGGAAAAUGAAAAAGUUCAUCACCAACAAAAUCAACAAGCAGCACUGGAGGGUGACGGUACCGAAUCUCAACUCUUCCCUUUUCCGAAAGUCUCCUUUCAAGGAUGAAGACAAGUCGGAUAAGGAGUCCAAGAGAUCCUCUGGUUUCUACGACCUACAGGAAGCUCAAUUGGAGUACGACAAAACCAGGAGCUUACCCAACAGCGUCUACGUAGAUACUAGUUCUUCUGAAGACGAGGGCGACUUUGAAGAUGCCAGGGCCAUGUCUGAUAGAAGCAGCAAUAAUAUAAACAAAGAUAACAGCGACACAGACCUCUAUGUCGAUGUGGAGUCUGGUCAGAAAAUAGAAUCCUCUAAUUUAGAUCUGAACAACGGUAAGUUUGAAUACGACGUGCCAAGGAUAAGCUUCAAAUUCUUUGAUAAAAACAAGGAAGAACUGUCUUCUGAUGAGGCAGCAAAAGAAGAUUUAUACGACAACGAGCAAACAAACUAUGAACCAGUCAACGUCAAAGUUGUCAAAAGUCAAGUUCAGAUCGUGCUGUCGUCACCAUCGGAAGAAGAAAAGCUCCAGACCGAAGAAGAAGAAAUGCCAAAGAGUCAUCCAAGUGAGAAAUUCGUGAGUCAAACCGAGAUUUUCGUGAGGAGUUUAGAAGACAUCCCUCUAGUGAUAAAAUCUGCUGGAAGUGAUCCCAACCUUGUUCUGCGCGAACACGACGACGAUGACGAUGACCCUAAUGAUGGCUACUACAAAGUACCUAGGUCCCUAAAGAAAACUCACAGAUUAUCUCAGUCACUCAAUGACUUCGAUUUUGAGAACAUCGAAGAAAUUCCCAAGCUACAACCCUCCGAUCACUCCAGCAUCGAACACAUUUCAGCAAGUCAAAUCAAUUUGCAAGACAAUUCGCAAUGCAAUGGAAAGGAUACAGAACCCAGCGAACAAAGGACGGAUACCGAGAGCAUGGAAUAUUGCAAGGCUAGAAGUAGACUUCCAAUCCGAUUAAGACGACCCAGUCUGCUGAAGAAACCCAAGAAGGCUGUGGAUACGUGGAACAACUUCAGGUCUAAAUUCAACAACCUGAUGUUGGAACACGCUGCUCAUCAGCGGGUCGGGGCUUUUACCGAAAAAGAGAAGGUAACUAUAAACUUUGAGGAGAUGUACAAAAACUCCAAGACCAAGUGCAAGAAAGUUUUCCAAAAUACCGGAAAGAUAUUCCAGAAGGGCAACAAAAAGACACAGGACAGUUUCGAUAGUGAGAAGGGCAGUUGUGUGUCUGUCGCGAAAAAUAACGUGUCUCCGGAGAGGGUGGAACUGAGAGCUAGUGAUAUCGAGUACAUUUUAAAUACGAGUGAUAGUAACGAAGUUGUUGAGAACGGACAGUGUUUGAGUGACGAAAGUAAAGUGGACGAUAGCAAACUGACGAAUGAUAGUAGGACGACGCCCGAUGAGAGUAAGAAAGAAGAAUUUGACUUUACCUCUAUCAAAACUGCUUUUAAGAAAAAGCUGUUUACUCCUGAGGGACAAAACGGAUUCGAAGACUUACGGAGGUACGUCAAGCAAGGAGGUGAUUUUUGUAAGGAACUUUCAACGAUACUACAAGAGAGGGCUGAAGCUGAGACACAGUACGCCAAAAGCCUCUCGAAGCUUAGUGCCAAGCUUUCGAGGGCGUGUCGAGAUGGGAUCGGCGGUCUCAACGAGGCUUGGAAGGCCGUCGCCUUGGAGCUGGAGGCGAGGGCUGAAGGGCACAGGCUGAUGGGGAUGGCGCUACUCGAGGAGACAGCCAAGCCACUGAGGAACCUCACGGAAAGUCAACACAGAGUGAGGAAGCAGUCAGAAACGGCUGUCGACAAAGCAGCAAGACUCCUGGGAGACUGGAGGGCCACUGAAGCCAAGGGAAAGAAGAACAGCCACGCAUGCGCUCGCGAGAAUGAAAAAUUACAAGACGCCGCCGUCCUAGACACCACAAAAUAUGGAAAACAAACGAUAUCGAAGAGCACUAGCCUUAUCCACCUGGCGCACAUUCACAGCAAGCAGAAUUCCUCAGAUAAGGAAAACGCGAAGCUCGAAGGGAAGAAACGAAAAGCUGAGGAUGCAGUGAAAAAAGCGGAUAUCGAAUACUACACACUUUGCGUGAGAGCAGAGAGAGCAAGAUUGGAGUGGGAGGCUGCCGUACUACGAGGCGUGAACACAUUCCAGUCCCUGGAAGAAGAAAGGUUGAACAAUCUGAAGUCUGUCCUCACCUCUUACCUCCAUCAUAGUAACGACCUUGGACCGAGACUGAUAGAAGCUACGGAAAGGCUAAAGAGUCCGGUAACGCAAGCAGAACCAACCAAAGACAUCACAACCUUCCAAAACUUGAGGUUCAGUUCCCAGCAAGUUGCGGAACAGCUUCUUCCAGAUUUUUACUGCGAACACAUCACGUUGGCCAUGAACAGAGAACGAAGGAAACAAGCUUUAGUGAAGUUACUACACUUAAUACGGCAGGAUAUAGAUAGGGAAAGGAAAUCGAAAAACGGUUUAGAGAAUUUGUCGAAAGCCAUAAAACAGACACCGAAUUUCGGUUCUGAGGAUUCCCAGCAGAGCGUCAUUGAGAAACUGUAUCACAUGAAGUCGAUGUUAACAUAUUUAGAAGGUGCCAGGUACAAGGUCCAAAGCGCUCUGGCAGAGCUAGACAGCAGGCCAAGAGCUGGUCAUCCCCUAGCACCGCACAUUACUAUCACUAGGGAUAAGUCCGGGUUACAACAAAGCGUCUUAAAAGUGCCGCAGUGGCUGAGGGAAGAGUGGUUCGAGCAAGACAGAAGCCCACUUAGCGAGAAGUCGCUCAAGUCGGACAAAUCCGACAAUUCUGAUCCGCACAUUAACGACGUCGACGAUCCCGAGUGGCCAGACAGGGGUGCGGCAGACGGCAAUUCCAAUCAGCCAGACUCAGAUUUUGACGAAUUUUCUUCACAAUGCAGCAGUUCCGGCGGCAACUUGUGCAGCGCAGACGAGAGCCCGGUCCAACCCAUCGCCACCUGCAAAGCCAUCUACCCCUACACCCCCAACCUGCCCGACGAGCUCAUCUUAAGACCUGGAGACAUCCUUUCGGUCUAUCGCCAGCAAGACGACGGCUGGUGGCUGGGUGAGUGCAGCGGCAGCGUUGGAAUCUUCCCAGCCACCUACGUCGAAAUCAUAAAAGACUGCUAGCUGUUAAUGUACAUUGUAAAUACGGGCCGAAGGCCCAGUUAAGCUUAAGCAAUUUUUUUGUACUGUAAUAUAGCAAGGGGAAGAAUUGUUAGUCACUUAAAGGACUGGGAGCAAAGGGGUUCGGAUAUACCUUAGAAAAACGGUACUGCCAAACAAGUACAACUAUAUUGUCUAUUGUCUUCCAGUGUUAAGAGAGAAUUUAUAUUGUGCUUAUUUUGUAACACAGUGACCAGGUAUUUUAAAAAAAUCUACUAAUUGUCACACUGUCUUCCAUAGUUCAGAAAAUAAGGUGCGUAUAAUUGUGACACAUUCAGAUUAAUAUUGUUUCAAGUUAUAACAUUUUACACAGUCUUCAUUUUUAUAUUUUAUGAUUUACUCUUGGCUUUGACAGCUUUAACAAAUUGUUAUACAGAUUUGUCACCGAUAGAAUGAACAAUCUAAUUGCAUAUACGCCCUUGGUGAACUCAUAGAAACGAUUAGUAAAUUCUUUCAAACAAUUUAAUUACAUACACGAUGGUGUUUAAAGGGGUCUCAUUUUUGCCCUGUAUUAUAUAUUUUUUAAUAAAUAUCAUAGAUUACUCUUCAAACAUGUUAUUAAUCGAAAUUUUGUGGUUAACAGGCACAUAUUUAACCAAUUGUAAUCUCCUAAUGUAUAAGGGAAAGUUUGGAGAACUAAUCUGUAUCUGUAUUUUCAAGUCAUUUAUUUUUUGUACAUAGGUUUUCUGUUUUAAUUUUUAUUUAUUGUAUAAUCCUAGAAUGUUUAUAUUUUGAAAUAUUGAUAAUCAUAAUUUUUUUAAUACAGUUUUAAGUGUACUAUCGUCUCUAUUAAAUUGCUUGUAAAUUUGUUAGUAAAAAUGU